CCCCAUCCCAGAAAUUAAUUGACUUUUUGUUCCAUCACGUCGCCUAUCUCUCGUCUCUCGUUGCUCAAGUCUUGGAGGUUCCUGCCAUCCUUUUUUAUUAUUUUUUUACACCCUCUAAUCGCGUCCCGGAAAUCCUUGCGGGCGGCGCUUCCUCGAGUUUCAGCUCGCGCCGCCAUCUCAUCCGGACGAACCAUUCCCCCAGAAGCUCUGCUUGACCUGUUCGCCUGCGUGUUUCAUCGACGCUCUUUUCUGUGGGAUUCGUUCAUCCGCUGUCCCUCAUGGGUCGCAGAAAGAUCGAGAUCAAGGCGAUCAAGGAUGAUCGCAACCGCUCAGUGACCUUUCUGAAACGGAAGGGUGGUCUGUUCAAGAAGGCACAUGAGCUUGCGGUCCUGUGUUCGGUUGAUGUCGCUGUUAUUAUCUUUGGUCACAACAAGAAGCUCUACGAAUUCUCGUCAUGUGAUAUGCGAGAGGCCCUCACUCGAUAUCAAUACUUUGGUCCCCCACAUGAACACAAAGGCCCUGAAGACUUUAACGGCAAACGCGACGAUGAUGAUGACGAAGAUGAGACGACGCCUGCCCCCGAAGAUGUGCAUCCUACGCCUCCAAAUCCUCCCAUGAUUCCCGCCCAUUUGCCAGGUCAUCCCGGCUUCCAGCAUGUCACUCAUGCGCCGUCUGCUUCCCCGCCCAUAGGGAAUGGGAUGGCAUUUGCUCCGCGUCACGGUACCCCUCAACCGCAGGGAGUUUCUCGGCCUUCGUCUCGGAAUCAUCUUCGUCGGGUGAGCUCCAAUAUGGGACCUCAACAGCAUCACCAUGCGACCCCUCCGCCGCCUCCGCCGCCGCCGCAGAAUGGCUUCACGUACAUUCCUAAUCCUUCGGUAUAUAACCCCAACGCUGCUCACGCCAUGGCUCAACCUCCCCGCCCACCUCAGUUCACUCAUUACGGACCCCCCGGGCCGCAUCACCAACCCCCUCCGCCUCCACAGCAUCAUCCAGCGAUGCCGCCACACUCCAUGCCCCCACAGUCUAUGCCCCCACAUACAAUGGCACCGCAAGCCAUGCCGCCGCACCACCAGGCUCCUCCACACAUGCCACACCCGCCUCAUGCACUUUCACAGCAACCGCCUCCAAUGGCCAUGACCCAACCGCCCCAUGCCGCCAUCCCGCAGGUCGCGCAAGCGUUUCUCCCAGAGCAAGGACGAAAUUCCAUGCCUCCGACGUUUACAACAGAACAGCAACCACCGCCGCCACGAACAGUGUCGCUUCCUGAAGGAACCGCUCCGACAGACGCAAUGCCAGGUCCCAUGAAGACGGAAGGAACCCCAUCCCCGCCGCACCAGCGAUCUCUCUCUUCCAAGUCUCGCAGUAUCUUCACACCCAUUGACGACCGAGGUUCCGUAUUGGCGCGCCAUUUUGGGGUAGGUCCUCCGACGGAGACGGGAGAGAAUGCGCAAACGAAGGCUGAAGGAGCAACACUCGGACCAAACGAAGGGAAGCCUGCUGGGCUAACUGCAAAGCCCCCUCCUCCACCUCCCCGAGCGGCCACGGAAGCCCCGCGUCCUCAGCCGGUAGUUGACCUGAAGCCGCCUGUGCGUACAAACAGCGGCCAGUUCCCGCCUAAGCGCCCGCAGUUGAAGGUACAGAUACCGAGUGAGAAUUCGGACCGGGGCAGCGCAACGGCGGACUCAUCGUCACGUGAUUCGGCGGGGAACAAAACGCUCACGCCUGCCAAAGCGAAUCCAGACACCGGUCACUCGAGCGUGGUAUUGCCCCCGCCCUCGCCGUCUGCGGGUGCGAUAUUAAGUGCAGGGGCUCAAGGGCCGCCAAAUCCUUUUGCCCGGCCACCGCCUCCGGGAGCAGCAACACAGAACAACAGUGCAUACAACAAUAAUAGCAAUAUAGAUACGCCAAUCUCUGCUCUUCCUAGUCGGUUCGUCUCGGAUGCGCUUCUCCCGUCACCGUCCAGUUUCUUUCCGGAAUGGGGCUUUGGGCGGUCUGGACCAGACAGCAACAUGUUGCCCAGUCCCUUGACGUUCCCUACGCCGGCGGUACAAAGUGGCCCCGGGUUUGGGCGCGAGGAUGAGCAAGACAAAAAGCGCAAAAGCCCUGAUAGUGGACCCAAUGCGGAAGGGGUAGUGAAGAAACCAAAGACGUAAUCCACUCCAUAUUGUUACAACUACUAGACUGAUGAUUGUGGUAUUUUGUUGCUGGGGUGAUCAAGUCCCCCGUGUUUCAUAUAUGGCAUCUCAAGGCGUUGGCGAAAGCUACUUUUGGUUUCCUUAAUUGGGAUGGGAAAGUUCGAAUGAGGCUCGUUUUGUUUCCCCUGGAUCCUUUUUUUGUCCUCCGGUUCUGAACCAGUACCAAGUCCUUCCUUGUUUUGUGAUAAGGGUUUCCGAUUUAACUUUAUACCCCUUCCUUUUAUUGUUAUUGCCAUGGUCGUUUUUGGCAGUUGACCUAGCUAUCCAUCGAUUUCUCUCUCCAAAGUCCGAACCAAUGAGAAUGGUGCGAUAAAUCUUUCCUUUUCCUACCUAUUUCCUUUUUCUCUUGCUGUUUUGCUUUUUUUUCGCUGGGGACUUUGAAGAUGAUAGAAAACACAUAAUAUUAUUAUAUUAAGUGUUUCGAUCUUCUAGUCAAGGGUGGCUUUUCUCUUUCAUAUAUUACUAUGUUCUUAUUAUUUUGGAAUAAAAGUAAAAAAAAAAAAAAUGUGUACAUAACAAAGAUCUGCGA